AUGGGCAUGCGUAGAAUUGAUGGUUCUUGCUUCUUUGCCGCAAUCUUUUUUGUGGUGAGCGGAAUUUUCCGGACCAUCCUUUUUGGAAGACGACAUGGAAGCCACUCGGAAACCAAUUUUGGUCUCAUGAAGGCCUUGGAUGGAGAAUACAUUCGGAAUCAAUGGGAGGACAUUGACGGAGUUUUGCAUUCGCUUCGAAUUAUUCAAGGCAUUCUACAUAUUCUGGCAUGGAUCAUUACAGCCACGGUCCUAUUCCGGGCAGCCUGGCUUCAAUCUUCCCGCGGCACCCACAGUAUGGGCUUGCAUUGCUCAGUCGCCUUUUUGGGUGCCACGAUUGCCAUUGUGGAGCUUCUAGUUCAUAUGCUGACCUUUGGUAGCAUGAUGGCACUUCAAUGGAUGGCAUCUGACUUUACCAUGGAGAAUUGGUAUGAAAUUGAGGGUCUGGGAGCAGAUCAACAGGAUUUGCUGGGAUGGAAGGUCCUGGAAGUGGUGUCCAUUGCUGCGCAUGGCAUGUUGCUAUGGGUGGACACUAUCGAAUAUUUCUUCUUGGCUACUGUAUUGAUUUUACUAUUCAUUUCAACAAAGGGCCAAGCAUCUCCCCUUUCCACGUCCUGGUCUUGCUUUGGAUUGGGGAUUGCCUUUUUCUGUAUUUUGGAUGUCGCAGCCGAAGUGCUACGAUUCAACAACUGGCGAUUGUUUUCUCAAAUCUGCUUUUGGAUUUCCACCGCCAAUAGAUGCAUUCUAUUCCCCAACUGGCUAAUGUGGCUCGGGGUUCAGCUGGCUCAAGCUCCCACGGCAAUGAAACAAGAAAUCAGCAUUGCCCAGAUGGAAGGUGAUGCAGCUGGGCAUGAUUAA